AUGAAAAAACGGUCAACAAAAGCGAAGGGGAAAGGUUUCAAGAAUGAGGCUUCCCAGCACAAACAACAAUUAGAAGCAUUGAAAGAAAAAGAUCCAGAGUUCUUUGAGUAUCUUCAAAAGAACGAUAAAGAGUUGCUCGAAUUCAAUUUAUCUGAUGAAUCUGAUUCAAACGAUGAAGAAGCACAAGCACUUGAAGAAGCUGGCUUAAAAGAUCAAGAGAAGGUUGCUGGGCCUUCGGUAGUAACCAAUGAGCUUGUCUCAAGUUGGCAGCACGCCAUUACCAAGAAAAAAUCACUCCGUAUUCUCAAACGUCUUCUCCUUGCGUUUCGAGCUGCUGCUCAUGUGAACGAUGCGGACGACAUCUCCAAAACAUUUGCCUACAAAAUUACCAGUGCUGCCGUGUUCAAUAAUCUUGUGGUCGUUUGCCUGAAACAUGUGAGCGACGUGUUCGAUCACCACUUGAAAACAAAAGAUGUCGUUACGAAAAAAAAUCUCCCCAAUACAGCUAAGAAAUGGAAGACUGUUGAGCCUCUCGUACGAUCUUACAUCACUAGCCUUCUCCAUCUUCUUAGAAGCCUUUCUGAAAACGAUAUGGUGUAUUUUGUAUUGAAAGAAACAGAAAAGUCUAUUCCGUAUUUUUUGUGUUUUACUAAACAAUCCAAGAAUUAUUUGAAAGAGUUGUUGCAGUUCUGGGGAACUGGAGAUGAUAAAGUGAAAAUUGCCUCAUUUUUAAACGUGCGUACUCUGGUGACUACGGCUCCUAAACCGUUUGUUGAAACUUGUCUGAAGGGGAUAUACAUGACAUUUGUUCGUAGUUGUCAGACGACAACAACACACACUUUACCCGGGAUAAAUCUCAUGCGCAAUUGCGGAGUCCAAGUUUUUGGCAUUGAUUUGAAUACAUCAUAUCAAACGGCGUUUGUUUACAUUCGGCAAUUGGCAAUUCACUUGAGAAAUUCCAUGGCAAUAAAGAGUCAAGAAUCGUACAAAUCAGUAUAUAAUUGGCAAUUUAUUCACUGUAUAGAGUUUUGGUCACAACUACUCGCCACCCAUUGCGACAAGCAACGUGUUGCAGAGUCGGGCGAAAGUGUUUUACAACCAUUAAUUUAUCCUUUGGUGCAAGUAACAAUCGGAGUAAUAAGCCGCACAGGAGUAUUCAUCCCGCUUGCACCGUACAUAUUUUCUAUCCUUUCCUCGCCCGAGAUUCGGCGCAAGCCCAAGCCAUCAACGUUAAAACCUUUAGACUUUUCUGUACACCUGAAGGCUCCAAAAAGUUACUUGCAUACUAGAGUAUAUCAGGACGGAUUAAUAGAAGAGUUGGUAAGAGUGAUGGGAGAGUAUUAUGGAGGACAAUGCUUGUCGAUUGCAUUUCCAGAGUUGGCUAUUCCGGCUAUCGUCCAGAUAAAGAGACACGUUAAGAAGUCGAAGAAUUUGAAACUGAAUAAGCAACUUCAUGUUUUGGUUGAGAAGUUUGAGCAAAAUGCAAAAUACAUCCAGCAAAAACGUCAGCACGUAGAAUUUAGUCCCAACAACCGAGCACAAGUGAAAACAUUUUUGAAAGAUUCGUCUCCUGAAGAAACACCUCUUGGAGCUUAUAUACAGUCGGUUAGAAAACUAAAAGAACAAAGGAAACAAUUAACUGAACAAAGUUGA